AUGCUCUGCAUGCGCCCUCUGGUGAUGCAACGCCGAGCUCGGGCUGUGCCGGCUGUGCCCCCGCCCCCAACCCUAUCUUCGACGGCCCGUCUCGUCAGUCUCGUCAUGGCCGCGGGCCCGGUGUAGCGUAGCACAGCGCAGCGCGGCGGAAGAAAGGGCAGUGUUGUGUACCGCGCCGCUCCACACCGCGCGUCCCGAACACGACGCGACCUAGACGGCCCGGCCCCAAGAUAGUGAUCCGCUUGGCGUGCUCCGCACCGCUCCACCGACUUGCGCACCGCCACGCGCACGGAGUGACUUCGUCGAACCAGUCGCGCAGCGGCGCGACGACCACAGACCAUGAACUCGACCGUGUCCCUGGCGGGGCGCAUCAUGUCGUCCUCGCCGGUGUGCUCCAUGAUGAGGCUCGCCACGUUCGGCGCGCUGGCGUGCGCGCUGCAGUCCACCCCCGCGCCGCCCGCCACGCCCGCCACCACGCUGGCCAACCGCGGCCUGGACCCCGCGGACACGCUGGGGCCCGUCAGCAUCGAGACCAACGAGAUCCCCGGCGUGGGGGCGGGCAGGCCGUCCCUGCCGUACACGCCGAACUACGACCCGGACGUGGCGCUAUCCACGCCGCAGCUGGUGUCGCUGCACGGGUAUCCGUCGGAGAGCCACGUGGUGGUGACGGAGGACGGGUACCUGCUGACGCUGCACCGCAUUCCCGGAGGACGCAAUCACCGGGGACCCUCUGGCGGGGCCGCCGCCCGCCCCGUCGUCUUUCUGCAACACGGCCUGCUCGCCAGCUCGGCGGACUGGGUGCUCACGGGCCCGGGGAAGUCCCUCGCGUACAUCCUGGCGGACAGCGGCUACGACGUGUGGAUGGGCAACGCCAGAGGCAACACGUACUCCCGCGCCCACGUCUCCCUGUCCACGAAGGACUCGGCCUUCUGGAACUUCAGCUGGCAUGAGAUCGGCCACUACGACCUGCCGGCCGCCAUCGACCACGUGCUGCAGGUGACGGGCCAGAAGAGCCUCUUUUACAUCGGCCACUCGAUGGGCACCACUACGUUCUACGUGAUGCUGUCCACGCGGCCCGAGUACAACGACAAGGUGAUGGCCGGCCUGCUGCUUGCUCCCGUCGUCUACCUGGGCAACUGCCGCUCCCCGAUCCGCUACCUCGCGCCCUACGCCGACGACUACCAGUACCUGGCGCACCUAUUCGGCGCGGACGAGUUCCUGCCGCAGAGCGGCGCCCUCCAGUUCUUCGCCAAGUACGGCUGCGAGCUGGCCAUGUUCGAGCUCAAGCUCUGCGAGAACUCUAUCUUUGUCAUCUGUGGAUUCGACAAGGACCAGUUCAACUCGAGCAUGCUGCCGGCGGUGCUGAGCCACACACCUGCCGGGACGUCGUCCAAGACCGUGACGCACUUCGCGCAGUCCAUCCUGACGGGGAAGUUCAAGCCGUUCGGAGCGACCCCAGAGACGCCCGAGUACGACCUCGGCAAAGUGACGGUGCCGACGGCGGCCUUCUACGCUGACAACGACCUGCUGUCCGACCCCGCGGACGUGCAGCAGCUCUUCGACAAGGUGCCCAUGAAGCUGGGCAAGUUCCGCGUGGCGCUGCCCUCCUUCAACCACCUGGACUUCCUGUGGGGCAAGAGCGCCAAGAAGCUCGUGUUCGACGACGUCCUGGCGGUGCUCGCCCGUUUCGGUCCCGAGACGAUGCGCAACCGAUCCAUGGCCGUCCUGGCCUACUACCGCAUGCUCGUGCAGCAGUCCGGGCGGAGGCCCGGCCCCGCGCCCAACCCGUGGCCCGCCCUUGGGCCCGCCCCCGCCUCGGACUCCAGCUCGACGCCCUUCAGCGACGAGGCGAGCGAAGUGACCAGCGAGGUGCCGAGCGAGUCGUCGACCGAAUCGUCCAGCGAGUAUCUGUGAUCAUCGUGGCGCUCCUGAGUGGCUACCCUCUAUGGACGCUUUUAAGUGACGGGGCAAGCCAACUAGAUAAGACGAGUUUCGAGUAACUGGGACAGGCUUGGUCUCAAAGUCUACCAUAGGACUCUAAAGGCCUUGCCUCAGCCUCAGCCCGCGGCUGAAGUGUCGCACAUCCAUCCCCGAGAUACGAGUUUCAAACAUCUCCCUUCACGAAGUUUUCUUUCCUUGUCAUUCUUUCGGUCCUCCGGUGUUAAACUCCGACCGAGUUUCCACAGCAAUGCGGUGAAGCUGUCAAUUAGGUGGCGUAUCUCCCUAGCGCCAUCGUGCAUCGUCCCAGCUCAGGCGCCGCCGGAAGGGUAGGCCACCCAGUGCGCACAUCCCAUUCCCUCUACUGGGACGGACUCGCUGAGGACAGCUCGCCCACGAUACUAGGUGUGAGAAGAAGAUUUGUCUCCCUUUGCUUUGCCAUAAAUCACAUUUGCAACAAAGGAUAUCUUGCUUCCCCCUUCAAUACUUAGAGUGUGACUGAUCAUUAAAACACACAUUCUUCAUCAAAA